AUGACCGACCGACCGACCGAUCAAGCGAUAGACGAACUCGACCCCGGCGCUCCGAGCACUUGCCGCAGCAAGGAACCAACUGCACCCAUUGCCGACACACUUGCUUCCGACCCGACCAAGCAACAAUCCUCUUCUCCUGUGGAGGCUGCUGCUGCAGCUGCCAACACGGAGCAUAAUGUCGACGAUGACAGCAAGAAGGUCAAGGAACGUCACAUCAACGACACCAUCGACACGCUUGCAAACCUUUGCCGCACUCUCACACGGACGGAACAGAACAAGGCGACUGCAAUGUAG